CGUUUAUCUAACGGAGAGAACAACAUUUUUUUAUUAAACUCAUCUAGAAUAUUGUAACUAUCACAUCUCAUAGAAGCCCCAAAUCGAAUGCCAAUCAAUUGAUUUGAAACGCACAAAUAAAAGGAAACAAAUCGAUUAGAUGUGUAUUUAUUUGAAUAUCACUCAGUGUAUAUAGUAUAUUUUUUUGUUAAGGAAAGUGGUUUGGGUGCGUGUGAUAGCAACAAAAAGUGAAAUUGCAUUUUUGUGUAUCACAAAAUUGUGCUAUUGUCAAUUGUUCAACGCUCAAAGUACAAACGUUAAAUUUAAAUCGCCAAUAUGCUUGAACCGCCAAAGGAAUCUCAGGUUCGCGGCCACCAACGCAAUGCAUCCGACACAAAGGAAUUUCAUGAGGUUACUAAACGAGAUGCACUGAUGCAUUUUGAACUUGAACUGAAGACUUUAUUGAACACCGUCAAAUCGAACGAACUUCAAAGUUUCUAUGAUAAGGAAAUGCAACGAUUCGCCGCGUUGUUCGGACGUUUUUUGCAAGAAGAGGGUCCAUCGGUUGAAUGGGAUAGAAUUCAGAAAUUACCUGCCGACGCUGUUAAAGACUACGCAACACUUUCAGCACCAAAAAAUGAGAGCAUUAUUCGUGAACAUUUGAAUAAAUUGGUGGUAAUCAAACUGAAUGGUGGUCUUGGUACAUCAAUGGGUUGUCAUGGUCCAAAAUCGGUGAUUCCAGUGCGUAAUGAUCUUACCUUCUUGGACUUGACCGUACAACAAAUAGAAACAUUGAAUAAAACAUACAACGCCGACGUCCCUCUAGUCUUAAUGAACAGUUUCAACACAGACGAUGACACAGAGAAGAUUAUCCGAAAAUACAAAGGUUUUCAAGUCAAAAUCUAUACAUUCAAUCAAAGUUGCUUCCCACGAAUUUCACGCGACUCAAUGUUGCCAAUUGCCAAGGAUUAUAAUAUUGAAAAUGACAUGGACGCAUGGUAUCCACCUGGACACGGUGACUUUUACGAAUCGUUCCAAAAUUCUGGAUUGUUGGACCAAUUCAUUCAGGAGGGCCGUGAAUAUUGUUUCCUGUCUAACAUCGAUAAUUUGGGUGCAACCGUUGAUUUGAACAUUUUGAAUAAAUUGCUUUGCGAAAAAGGCUCGAAUGGCAAGCCCAUUGAAUUCGUUAUGGAAGUGACAGAUAAAACGCGCGCCGAUGUUAAAGGUGGCACCUUAAUUCAAUACGAGAACAAACUUCGGCUGUUGGAAAUAGCUCAGGUACCAAACGAACACGUUGACGAUUUCAAAUCGGUGAAAACGUUCAAAUUUUUCAACACCAACAAUAUUUGGGCCAAUUUAAAUUCGAUGGAACGUGUUUUGAAUGCAAGAACAUUGAACAUGGAAAUUAUUGUAAACAAUAAAACACUGGACAAUGGAUGCCGUGUUAUCCAAUUGGAAACAGCCGUCGGUGCAGCUAUGAAAUGUUUCGAAGGUGCCAUUGGAGUGAAUGUGCCACGGUCUCGUUUCUUGCCCGUCAAAAAGACAUCCGAUCUAUUGUUGGUCAUGUCGAAUUUAUACAGUUUGAAAGGCGGCUCAUUAGUUAUGUCACCGCAAAGAAUGUUCCCAACAACACCGCUCGUUAAGCUCGGCGAUAAUCAUUUCAGCAAAGUCAAACAAUUCUUAUCGAGAUUUGCAAAUAUUCCGGACAUCAUUGAAUUGGAUCACUUGACGGUUUCGGGUGAUGUAACAUUUGGUCGCGGUGUUUCAUUGCGGGGAACUGUUAUCAUCAUCGCGAACCAUGGAGACAGAAUUGAUAUACCAGCUGGCGCCAUUCUUGAGAAUAAAAUAGUCUCUGGCAACAUGAGAAUCUUGGAUCAUUAAACUGUGCAAUUUUAUGCUCUUGCUAAAGAUCUUCCAUUUUGGGCCAGAACAAAAACAGUCAUAGUUUCGACGAAUUGCGUUACUUGAAUCAUUUUAUGAUCUAAUUGAAGUUGUAAAAAAUUUAUUCAUAAAAAAGUUGUUAAUGUUUUAGAGAGGAUUUUUAAAUUAUAGAUCAAUUCCGCUGAUUUUGAUUUUGUUCGCAUAGACAGUUUUUUUUUCUUUUGAGAUGUAAAACAUCGAAUUAAUGCCCAUUGUUUUCAGAGUUAAACACAUUUUUAGGCAUUCAAAUGACAAUUUAUUUCUAUGUACCUUAUUUGUAGACAUUUAUAUUUUGCUUUUCAAAUAAUGAUAUUUGUUCCGUGACGUUGACGUCACGAUAAACACUUAAAUCAACCCCCCUUAUCAAAUGAAUAAAGUGCAAAUUAUAGAUGUAGCAAA